GGUUGCGCCGCUCCGCCGGCAAGUAAACGGCGGCAGCAGCAGCAGCGAAGCAACGCGAAACGCAAUCACGAGACUGCCAACGUUGGACGAGAAGGCGACCAAAGUCCACGCAAACAGCUGCCGCUCCCGCCCGCCACCCUCUUGGGGCACAGAAACGGGGAAUAAGCAACAAAGAGACCUUUUUGGCACAAAGACGACGGGCGGGAGACAGGACGCGGAGAGGGGCGCCCGAGUUUUGCAAAGCGCCCAAGCCAAGACGAGCUUCCCGCCGAGAGCCGCCCACAAAGCGGAGCCCGCAGAAAGCGGACAGCCAGGCGAGGUGCCGGUGACCUUGGGCCUGCCCGGAGCGAUGGUCAACAUGCAGGUGUGCGCCCUGGACUGCGAGGCGCUGCGCCAGCUGCUGACGGACGGCGCCUUGCCCUGCCUGGUGCUGGACUGCCGCUCCUUCUUCUCCUUCAACUCCUCGCACAUCGGCGGCGCCUGCAACGUCCGCCUGAGCACCAUCGUCCGGCGGAGGGCCAAGGGGGCCAUGGGCUUGGAGCACAUCCUGCCCAACGAGGAGGUGCGCGCCCGCCUCCACCAGGGCAGGUACCAAGCCGUGGUGCUGCUGGACGAGCGCAGCCCGGACCUCGAGGCGCCCAAGCGGGACAGCACCCUCCUGCUGGCUCUCAACACCCUCUGCCGGGAAGCCCGCGACACCCGCAUCUGCUUCCUCAAGGGAGGAUAUGAUGCCUUCUCUUCCAUCUAUCCUGAGCUGUGCACAAAGCCCUCUGCUCCAAAGGGCCUGACUCUGCCACUCAGCACCAACAACAUGCCUGGCAGUGCAGAUUCAAGCUGCAGCUCCUGUGGGACUCCUCUCUAUGAUCAGGGUGGUCCAGUGGAAAUCCUGCCUUUCCUGUAUCUAGGCAGUGCCUAUCAUGCUUCCAGGAAAGAUAUGCUGGAUGCUUUGGGGAUCACGGCCUUGAUCAACGUUUCUGCCAACUGCCCAAACCAUUUUGAAGGGCACUACCAGUACAAAAGCAUCCCUGUGGAGGACAACCACAAAGCUGACAUCAGCUGCUGGUUUAACGAAGCCAUCGAUUUCAUAGACUCUGUGAAAAAUGACGGUGGGCGAGUGUUUGUUCACUGCCAGGCUGGCAUCUCCCGCUCUGCAACUAUCUGCCUUGCUUACCUUAUGAGGACCAAUCGAGUCAAACUGGAUGAAGCUUUUGAGUUUGUAAAGCAAAGGAGAAGCAUCAUCUCUCCCAACUUCAGUUUCAUGGGGCAGUUGCUGCAGUUCGAGUCCCAGGUCCUUGCUCCAAAUUGCUCGGCAGAGGCUGGAAGCCCAGCCAUGUCUGCCUUGGACAGAGGAACUUCUACUACGACAGUCUUCAACUUCCCAGUCUCCAUCCCCGUCCACCCUUCUUCCAGUGCAUUAAGCUACCUUCAGAGCCCCAUCACCACCUCUCCGAGCUGCUGAAAGGUGUGUGCAAGCUGGCUCUCUGCACAAAGACCAUCUUGCUGUUACCUGAAAUGUGCAAUAACUUUGGGGGUGGGUCUAUGAGCUUGUGUGAGUCUCCUCUCACUGUAUCUACAGAGCAAUACAGAAUUACCAGCACGGAUCAGCAUCUCUGUCUCCAGAAAGCAAGGUUCUUUCUGCUAAAUGAUCUUGCUGUGAGAUGUAUUCCCCACCCCACCCUGCCCUCACCCACCCCCUUUGGACCAAUGUUUGGAUUGCCUACAAAGGAGACAAAGCACACAGGACCUUGCUUUCUACUCCUGAAAUAUUCGUGAUAUGAUUUUCUGUCUGUCAGUCUUCUGGUAGCAAAUCUGGCAGUAUUCUUAGUGCCUGGGUGAACUAGGCUCCAGUAACACUGUCCCCUUGUACAAGGAAGUCCUGGUAUUUAUUUAUUUUUUAAGUGUUGUAAUUGCAUUGUGUGUUUUGCCUUUUGAAGUCUGAAGUUUCAUCUUUUUUUUUUUAAGAAACCAAUAUACCUCAGUAUUUUACUUUUUUGGGUACUGUAAACCUGUAAAUACAACUUAAGACUGUUUCUGAAGCACUGACAUUGAAAGCACAAAGGAGUGUUUGUGUCUUUUGGUUGCCACCGGUUGUUAUGUUUGCAGAUUUUAUUUAUGAUGUGAAAUAAUAUAUUUCUUCUUAUGAAAGAAGACAUUGGUUUUGUUAUGAUUAUGCCUUUUUUAUACCAGCCAAAUAAAUUAUGACAUUUCUAUUGAA